CUUCCGGGUCAACCAACUGAGCUAGUGUUGCUGAUGUUGCGGGUCAAAGGCAGCUACUGCCUUAUGAUUUGGGGGAAAGUUGAGCAAUUCUCAGGGCUCCAUCAGAGGAACAUCUGGACUUGCUAGCGUUUGCGUGAACUCUUCGGAUCCCUGAUGCUAAGCCCACCUUACCUCAUCUUUCUCACACUCUGCCUCUGAGUUGCAGGGACGUCUGUUUCAUGGCCCCUGUUAUGUUCUUCUCAGAGUGACCAGCAGUGGACCUGCGAGGGGACUUACCCAAUGAUGCCCGUCACCACGCUGGGACUGGCACUCCGUCUCUGGCCUCUUUAUACCUGAGGACACGCACACAGUGGAAGAGCUGCUGUCAACAUCACGCAACUGGCCAGACAAGAGCUUCUUCCCAGCCACACCAAGGAGUGGACACCAUGGCUAAAGCUGUGCAGUCAUGGGGACAGCCGACGCACGCCACUGAGCAGACUCUCGAGGGCAGUCUUCUCCCCGUCAUGUCUUCCCAAGACGAAGCUGUUCCCCAGGAAGACAGAAGGAUGACCAGCAGCAAGAAGACCAAGGUUGAAGUUCUGUGUUCGGUGCUGUAGGAGACGGUGACGUUGAAGGACAUGACUGUGGUCUUCAGCGAGGAAGAACUGGGGCUGCUGGAUGCUGCCCAGAGGAAGCUGUGACGUGAUGCUGGAGAGCCUGAGGAAUGUGGCAUCCCUGGGGCAUCGGAUCGGGACUCCAGAUGGUUUGCUCAGGCUCAAGAGAGAAGACAUGUUUUGGCUGUUGACAGUGGCUCGCUGGAGCAGUGGGUCUAUGGGAGACAAGAAUCUAGAGGACAUGGAGUUUCUCGAGGAGGUGGGACUGAGGCACCUGCCACAUGAGGAGCUUUUCUGCUCACAGAUCUGGCAGCGAAUUACAAGGGAGUUAACCAAGGUUCGAGACUGCAGAGUACGUGUCGGAGAAAAUGGCUCUCCGAUGAAACGAGACAAUCGUGAAGACGAGUACAGCAAACAUUCCAGUCAAAAUUCAGUCUUUCAGGUUCACCACAGGGAAUGCCAUGAAGAAGAGGCAAAUGAGAGAGAUUUUGGUUGCAGCCACCAUCUUCGUACCAGUACAGGAGAAAAGUCCUACAAGUGUGAAAAAUGUCACAACGCCUCCCAUUGGUUCUCAAGCCUUCAGUCCCAUCAGGGAGUGUGUGAUAGACCCAGAUGGAACAAGUCUGUGUCACAGUUUAAAAUUUUCCGUCAGUGGCCACUGUUUCAUUAUCAACAGAGCAUGCCCAAUGGAGAAAACGCACAGGAAUAUGAGGCGUGUGGGAAUGCCGGGAAAAACUCCUCUGGUCAGACAGCUCUGUUCGUCCACACCGCAGAGGAACCCUAUUCAUGUGAGGAGUGCGGGGCACGCUUCAGUCAGAGCUCAUACCUUCAAGUCCACCAGAGAGUUCACACCGGAGAGAAACCGUAUAAGUGCGAGGAGUGUGGGAAGGGCUUCGGCUGGUUAUCACAACUUCAUGCUCAUCAUCAAAGCCACACUGGAGAGAAACCCUAUACGUGUGACGCGUGUGGCAAGGGCUUUAGUUACAGCUCACACCUUAACAUUCACUGUAGAAUCCACACGGGUGAAAAGCCCUAUCAGUGUGAAGAGUGUGGGAAAGGCUUCAGCCAGGCCUCCAACCUCCUGGCCCAUCAGCGCGGCCACACUGGCGAGAAGCCAUACCAGUGCGAUGCUUGUGGGAAGGGCUUCAGUCGUAUCUCUGAUUUUAACAUUCACAUUAGAGUCCACACGGGUGAGAAGCCUUAUAAGUGUGAGGAGUGUGGGAAAGGCUUCAGCCAGGCCUCAAAUCUUCUGGCCCAUCAGAGAGGCCACACUGGAGAGAAACCCUACAAAUGCAACACGUGUGGGAAGUCCUUCCGUAGGAGUUCAGACCUUAACGUUCAUUGUAGAAUCCACACAGGAGAGAAACCCUAUAGAUGUGAGAAAUGUGACAAAGUCUUCAGCCAGUUCUCAAGUCUCCAAGUGCAUCAGAGGGUCCACACAGGAGAGAAACCAUAUCAGUGCUCAGAGUGUGGGAAGGGCUUCAGUGUAGGUUCUCAACUUCAAGCCCACCAGAGGUGCCACACUGGAGAGAGACCCUAUCAAUGUGAGGAGUGUGGGAAGGGCUUCUGUCGGGCCUCCAACUUUCUAGCUCAUCAUGGGGUCCACACAGGAGAGAAACCAUACCGAUGUGACAUGUGUGGGAAACACUUCCGGCAGAGGUCCUACCUCCAGGCCCACCAUAGGGUCCACACGGGAGAGAAACAGUUCCGAUGUGAGGAGUGCGGGAAGGGCUUCAGUUGGAGCUCAUACCUCCAAGCCCACCAGAGAGUCCACAUGGGAGAGAAACCAUACAAGUGUGAGGAGUGUGGGAAGGGCUUCAGCUGGAGCUCAAGUCUCCUGACACACCAGCGAGUGCAUGCCGAGGACGAGGGGCAGAAGGACCUUUCUUCAUCAGGGGGUUCGUACAGGAAAUAGGCUCUACAAACUUAGGUUUUGACAUUUCAAGAGGGCGCCGAAAUAUCUAAUCUGAGCUGUUGCGGGGCAUGGAAAAGUUAACAUAGCUGGGCUUGUGUGUUAGAGCUGUACUGGGCUGCUACAUGGUUUGGGGCACCAGAGUGAACUGGGAAGAAUGGAUCUGUGAUCAUUUCAUCCAGAAACCCGACCCUUAUCAGACUGAUGCAAAUAAGGUGUCCAGGAAGUUGAACCUGGCCUGGAACCAAUUCAGAGCAUGGUCUACUCUGUGGAAUUUAACCCCCCCUCAGAAGGAAGAAGGAAGACAUCAUCUGCAGCUCAAUUUGCCUGCCUUCCCAGUGCCCGACACAUCAUACACCUUUGGCCAUUGUUAAGUAUCAAGAAAGGCAGUCACGGCAGCUCACGGUUGUUCUUGCAGCCCUCAGGAGGCUGAGGAAGGUUUUCUGUAGGAUCAGCCUAGAUUAAGCAGGGGAGCCCAUCUCAGCACACCAAUAGGGACAGGGAGCAGAGGAGGAGCAAUCAUUUGGAAGGUGGUUUGUUGUAAAAAUAUAAAAAAAAAAAAAGUAUGGCGGUCUUUUACCUCACUAGGUCCAACACCGCGGUGCCCCAAGAUAUCUGCUAGAUAUCUUGCCAGAAGCACACAUUCUUAUUCCAUGGCGGCCCAGACCAGCCGCCCCACACUCCAUUACACUUAAAUCUACACAUGAAAGAACAUACAACACAAUAACCUUAGAGCCAAUUGAUAAGAUAUAAUUGCCCACCUAAACAUACAAAGCCCAAUACACAUCCAUCCCUUAAAAACAUUUUAACAACCUGUGAAGGCACAGCAUGGAAUCUUAACGUCACCGGCCAUAUUCUCCUGCCACGGCUUCUCUCCCCCUCCCUCCUGUCUCUUCCCUUUUCCAUUCCCAUUCCCGUCUUCUCUUCACCCUUCAAACUUCUCUCCUGCCCAUUCUUCCUUCUCCUCCAAUAACAGGCCUCCUUCUCUCCUGUACUUGCCCCUCACCUGUAUUUACAAAUUCAAUGGGGAGAAGGUUCUGGUGAAGUCACCUGAGUCCUGAGUAGGCAGCUGUCUUUGGGGCAGUGGAAUUAGCAUCAAGAUACAGAUAAUGCCGGGGCAAACCCCUACAGAAGGUUUUUAUUUGGUUUUCUGUAAAAAUGCCCUCAGAAGUGUUCCAGAGGCUUGAAGGGCUUAUGAAUUAGGUGUCUGUGUACAUUUCUCAACCCUAUAGGAAAUAUCUGUAAAAUUCUAUGCAGAAUCUGUGCUUUGGACAGGACUUCAGUGUGCGUCAUGCGCAAAAGUCAUUUGUGCACUCUUGACAAGUAUGUGACUCCCUCCAACACAAGGUCUGUAGGGAUGCUCUCUUGUGCACUGUAUGGAAGCGUCCUCUGUAGAUAAAAAGCCUAUGGCCAAUGAGCUGAGGCAGGAUUAGAAGGCAGGACAUCUGGUGGGGAGAGGGGGAUUCUGGGAAAGUCAGGCACAGCAGAGGGAGAUUCGCCCCGAACCAUGAUGGAGACAGACACAGGAAGCUAAGAGGUAAGCAGGCAUGUGACACUCAUGGAAUAAAAUGAAUGGCCUAGGCGUUUAUCCAUA